AUGACACUCAAGGAAAAAGCAGAAAAGUUGGACAAGAUCUACCCGACGCACGCACACCUAUUCCACAUCCCCACCUUCGAAACCCUCGGGAUCGAAAACGCCAACUUCCACCCCACGACACCCUCCAUCUACCUAUGCGGCAACUCCCUAGGCCUCAUGCCGAAACAGACACGCAGAGCAAUAACCGAGCAAUUGGACGCAUGGUCGGCGCGCGCAGUCGAAUCCCACUUCAACCACCCAACAGGCACAAACUGGGUCGACGUCGACUUGCCCUUGGUGCAUCUCCUCGCUCCCAUAGUAGGAUGCAAUGAGCGCGAAGUGUGCGCCAUGGGCUCACUCACUUCCAACUUGAACGCGCUCUUGAUCCAUUUUUACAAACCCCAGGGCAGACGCACCAAGAUACUAUUCGAGAAACAUGCGUUUCCUUCGGACUAUUACGCGUUUUUGAACAUGGUGCAGUUGUUCGGGUAUGAUGAGCUGCAUUUGAUCCAGGUUGAAGUCGACGCGGCGCCCGGCAAAACAUAUCUUGAAACGGAGCUGAUCUUGCGUGUGUUUGAUGCGCAUGCUGAUGAGGUGGCCCUUGUGUGUUUUCCCGGUAUACAAUACUACACGGGCCAGCUAUUUGACAUGGAGAGGAUCACGCAUUAUGUCAAGCACAAACAGCCUGAAGUGGUGGUGGGGUGGGAUUUGGCUCACGCGGUGGGGAACGUCGAGUUGCACUUGCAUGAAUGGGGCGUCGAUUUCGCCGCGUGGUGCUCGUACAAAUAUUUGAACUCGGGACCGGGUGCAAUUGCAGGUAUAUACGUGCAUGAAAAGCACACGGUGGACAACACUCACAAGAAGUAUACACCGCGGUUGGCGGGCUGGUGGGGGAACAACAGCGAGGACAGGUUCAAGAUGUUGGAGAAGUUCGAUCCCAUCGCGAGCGCCCUAAGCUAUAGACAGCUGAACCCGAGCGUGAUUGACUGUGUCGCGUUGCAGAGCUCGUUGCAAAUCUUUGAACACGUCGGCGGCGUGGCCACGCUCCGAAGAAAGAGCUUGGACUUGACGCGGUUCUUGUGGGAUAUCUUAGUCGAGAGCAAGUACUAUAUCCCGCAGAAUGAGAUUAACGAGACCAAGUUUGGAUUCAAGAUUCUCACGCCCAAGGACCCGCAGCAGAGAGGUAGUCAGUUGAGCUUGCUUUUCCAGCCGCAUCGCGAUGAUAAGCGCGAGAAUGUCAUGGAGCGUGUGUUUGAGCAUUUGCAUCGCCAUGCCAUUAUAUGUGACGAACGGAGACCCGAUGUCAUACGGUUGGCGCCCUUGCCGUUGUAUAACACGUUCAACGAGACCUUGGUUGCUGCAACUCGUCUUUUUGAAGCAUUGGAGUUGUUAGCAAAAGACUACGUAUAA